AUGUCCGACGAAGAAAAGAGCAAGCAGGCUGAACCGGCAGCCAGUCGGGAGACGUAUCCGGUGAUGGACUUGGGGAAAGGCAUAGUUGGAUGGGAAAGUCAAGAAGAUCCAUUAAACCCUAGAAACUACCCACCAUCUCGCAAAUGGUUCCAGUUAGCGACAGUUAGCAUCAUCACGUUCAUCAGCCCAUUUGCAUCAUCAGUAUUCGCCCCUGGUGUCAGCCUUGCCGCGCAAGAAUUUGGGCAAACAUCCUCCAUACACAGUUCUUUCACAGUGACAGCAUAUCUUUUCGGCUAUCUUAGUGGUCCCUUAGUUCUAUCUCCACUCAGUGAGGUAUGCGGUCGUCGAAUCACGUUGAACGUCGCCACAACGAUCUUUGUACUAUUUCAAAUUGGCUGCGCCCUGGCUCCGAAUCUCUCGGCUUUGAUUGUCUUUCGUUUCUUGACUGGCUUUGGAGGGUCCGGCUGUCUGACGAUUGGGGGUGGCAUGGUUGUCGACCUUUUCGAGACGGAGCAGCGAGGACUAGCCUUGUCUUUUUACUCGUUCGGGCCACUAUUUGCGCCAGUGAUAGGUCCGAUCUGCGGAGGAUUCAUUGCGCAACGUGCCGGGUGGCGGUGGAUCUUUUGGGUGCUGGUCAUCGUGGGAGGCACAUUGACCGGCAUAGUCAUGGUGGCCAACCGAGAGACCAACCCGACCGUGCUCAUACGGCGGAAGACAGUGGCCCUGCGCAAGGAGCUGAGCCGUCCCGAACUUCGCAGCUGUUACGAAAAAGAGGGCGAGGCACGGGGACUAGCGACUCUCCUGAUGAGAACAUCCACCAGGGUAAUCAAGCUGUUGGCAACCUCGCCCAUCGUACUGAUGAUGGCGCUUUAUAUUGCAUCAGUCUAUGGCUGUCUCUAUCUCCUCUUCACCACCAUCACAUCGGUCUUCCAAGACCAGUACGGCUGGAGUGUCGAAAUCAGCGGCCUUGCAUAUAUCGGAUUGGGGCUAGGCUUUUUCGCAGGCCAGCUGCCUGAGAUGCGCCUUCCGCUCUGCUUACCAUUUGCGCUCUUCGUGCCAAUCUCCUUUUUCUGGUAUGGCUGGUCUGUUCAGGAGAAGACACAUUGGAUCGUUCCCAUCAUCGGACUUUUCCCCUUCGCCUUCGGCAUAAUCGGCAUCUUUGGGACACUGCAGGCAUAUAUCGUUGACUCCUAUCCUCGCUAUGCGGCAUCCGGUAUUGGCGCAAUAACUGUUACUCGGUCCCUUUUCGGUGCAUUAUUGCCCUUAGCAGGACCGCCCAUGUACGAAAAGCUCGGAUACGGUUGGGGAAAUUCGCUUCUGGGGUUUGUAACACUGGCGAUGAUUUCGCUGCCUAUCCUCUUUCGCCGCACCGGCGCGUCGCUCCGACAAAAGUUCACGGUCGACCUAGAAUAA